AUGCCUAAUCAGAAAGGUACAACGGCAGAUCGUUCAAAAAGUUCCAAGAAUUUGACAGAAUCGCCCAAAAAGAUCUCUUCGACUUCUUCAGCAGAUAAACAAUCUUCUGCGACAUCUAACAAACGGCCAUUGUCUACACAGAAAUUGGAAGCACCAGGAGACACUUUCGGCCCGAAAGUCGCGUUGGUCGAAGAAACCGCCAUCGGAUAUGUCCACAACCUAUCCAAUCCCAGAAGAAACAGGGGAAAUACUCUGGAUUACUGCACCUUUCUACUCCAAACAGCGACAAAGAACGUGGAGGCCCUGCUCUAUAGCCCCCAUAAAAGACCUCUACUUCUUCAAAGUCAAGAAAGACACGCUCCUAUUAAGCUCACUUACUUCACCUACACUCAAGCGAAAGAUAAAAUUAUCGUCAAUGACAUGACUAACAUUAGUACUCCACAACAGAGUGAAUAUUCAUUUCAACAUCAAACCCCUACAGAACCUCAAGCGCCAAAUACCAAAGUGUUAGAUGUGCUCAAUACCUUCAAAGAAUGGGAAGUUGUCACAGUUCAAGGCAAGAUUUUUGGUUUGAAAGACCAGCGUAUAGUUGGAAGUCCCCGCAAAAAACUUACGCUUGUGGAGGCGUUUCUUGACGAUGGAUCUGGCAGGAUUCCCAUAGAUAUUUGGGAAUCUCACAUCGAGAACGUCAAAACUGGUAGGUAUUGCAAUGUUUUUAAAACAUGUCAAAAAAAUCCCGUGUUAAUGUACCAGUCAAAUCGAAGCUUUGGAAGUCCCCCUAGGCAUUUCAAUUUUUGGAAAAUUUUUGCUCAAAUGCCUCCCUCACUGGGCCGAAAAGCUGUUCAGAUGCUCCCACUGGGAAAAUUACCAGAUUACUGUUUUAACUUUUCAGUAGCUUCUAUAAUGCUUCUGAGGCUGUGCAUGUUAACAUGGUUUAUUAGACAACACUUAUUUAAAUGUUAUACAUGUAAAUAUUGUUCUUAAACAUCAAAUACGAAACACUGCUUGUGUAGGCCUUUGGUUUUCAACCAAUCCGGCACGAAUACGCAAUCUUUUCCUUUGAAUUUAUAAGCGAUAAAAUUCCCCACCCUCUGAGUGGUAAUCAAAUGCCCUCCCUCCCGGGCAGGAACAGCUGUCAAAUGCUCGGGGUGUGCCCAGGGUGGGGAGAUGUUUAAGCUUCGAUUUGACUGGUACAUAACAUACCGUCUUUAUUUACUUAUAAGGCGCACCAUUUUUCACGAGAAAAUAUCCUUCUUCGAUGAAAAUCUGCUUAAAACUUGGGGUUUGUCUUAUAACCGAGUAUUUUCGCGCAACUAAACAUAACUUUUCCAAAUUUCCCUAAUAAUUAUUAAUUAAUUAAAACUCUUUUUCCUAGUCGCACCAGGAGAAUGGUACGCCCAGGUGCCGAUCUUGUAACUUAAAACGCUGUUUCCUGAGAAGGAUGACUUGAGCGAAUUAAAAAGUGUGACUUUUUUGCUAUUGUUUGUAAUGUGUGACUUUUUUGCUUUUGGUUUGAAAAUGGAAGCACCGUAAUUAGUAGCUUUUGGAAGCAAAUUGUUGUAAGUACAGCGACGUGGUCAAAAAAAUUUCCCGUAAUUCUGGGUGCGCCUUAUAACAGGGUAUUUAGGUGAAAUUUUCAUUUUACUUACUUGUCACAAUCGUCUUCAAAAGUUUAGGGUGCGUCUUAUAACCGAGUGCACCUUAUAAGUGAAUAAAUACGAUAAUUUCUUUUCAUUUCCAUAGACCAAGUUUAUAACUUCGCCAAUGUUCAAGUCAAAGUCUAAGGUGGAAGAAAGAAGCUUGCAACCACUAUACGUACAGCUAUUCAAGCUAUUGACAAUCAACUGUUACGUGAUCUACCAACAAAUAGCGAAGACCUGGAGCCACAACAAACCCUCAAAAUAACUGGGGUUCACUCCAUACAGAAGAUAACCAAGUAUUUAGAGUGUGUCCAUUGUAGCAAAGGUAUAAUCCAGGGAACAUGCACAGAUAUCAUUUGUGAACACUGUGGCCACAUGAUGAAGACAGACUCCUGCCAGACAAAAGUUGUGGCGAAGAUAGUCAUUAAGAUGGAUGACCAAGAAGUAGCAGAGGGGCAUUUUGUUGCGCAUGCGCCAAGAAAGUUUGUUCGGCGCGUUCGGCGCCAUUUCGAUAUUUUCAGCGCGCUUUUGCCGGUUUUCAACUGAGCGAUCGACACCUUUCUGUGAUCCUUUUUGGAAAGGGAUGAGAGAGUAUGACAAGUUUACCACCAUUUCUAACUCUGUGGAUACUCGUGGAGUUUGCUGGCUCUUCGGAUGAGGAUAUUUUAAUGAUCAAAGUGCGAACAAAACGCGAAAACAGACCGAAAACUUGAAGUUUGAGAUUUGAUUUGCUGACGAUCAAGAUGUGCACAUGAGACUACAAACCUUGAAGGUUAGUCUUAAGAUGUUGAUUUCUUACUUCUAUGAAUCACGAAGUGGUGUGUGGAGGCGAUCGUGAGAAAUUCUUUACGAUAAUAGAAGAUAGUUUACAAUUUGAUCUUAUUUUACUUCAACUUUGAAAUAAAAUUACGUUAAGUUCGAGGUGGCCCCCAAGCUUCAAAUCACUUCAAAUAACAUCUUCUCUUCUUUCUCUUUGUAGUCCCAUAGGAUACAAGGCUUAAAAAAAUGUUCCAGCUUCAGGAUUGAGUUGCUCUUUCUACAACCUUCGGCGAAUUCGUUUUUGGGAGGUUGAGGGGGAUUUUCCAAGUCAUGGCUCACAAUUGUAUUUGGCCUUUUUGCUCUCCAAGUUUGUUGUACUUUGUAUGUAGGCAUGUGUCUUAACAACGAUUAUAGUCUUGCCUUGAUCAUCUCCGGUUUUAUCUUAUUUUGUGGCUGUGUUUUGGUGAAAAUUUUUCUGAUUGUCCUUUUAGGCUUGAAGUGCUAACUAGAGGAUAAACUUCGGUAGAACUUGUUUUAUCACAUGGCCCCCAAAUCCCUCACCACUGUCAGUUCAUUGUUUAUUUAUUUAGCUUUCGGUCUAACCAGUUCAUUUACCUCAAAAAAUGCGUGGGCUUUGUAUCAUGAGUUUAAACUGGUGCCGUUUUCUUCAUGUUCAUGUGUUAUUCGAAACGGAUGGCGUCAGCCUCAUUCUAUCUUGUUUAUUUCAGUAGAAUACUUCUGCCAUACAAAAUGAAUUUUGAGUCGAAGUGUACUAUAAAACUCACAGAUCAAAAUUAUCUAACUUUCUCUGGUUCUUAAAACAUGAGAUGAGCGAUACAACAAAUGGAUAAUUACUCAAGGGGCUGGAACUCCUUGUUUCUUUAGAAUGUGAACUAUAGUAUUUCUGUCAUAUUUAAAAACGAAUUUCGGGUUCAAAUGUCUUCAAACCAGUUCGACUUGCAUUUCACUUUGCCAGAUAAGUCUUGAUCCUUAAUUUUUAUUUCUUAAUUGAGACUGAUGAUUGUAAUUAACUGUUAUGUUCUCUGCUGUUUAGGGAGAUGUGAAGAGACCCCACUACUUAUGGUUGGUGGUAUUGACAGAAAGGAUAGGUGUGACAUUUGCUGUGGCAAGCUGGCAUUCAAGAGAAUGUCAUUAGUACCAGAAGCUUACUACUGGUAUAAAUUAUCGAUCUUUUGUUCUCUCCACACAACUUGCCUUAACUAGCUUAUGCUACAUGCAACUUGUGUCUAUACCUUUUUUGCAACUAUAAAAUUACCAAUAAAGUUUUUUGAAAGUUUUGUCUAAAUUUCAUGGGAAAAGAAUAUGAGGAGUGAUCAGGUGAAAUAUUGUCCUGUUCCUUAAGAGUGUGUGAGCUUCCAGUCAGAGCUAUAAAAUUUCUUAAGUGACUGAUUUAUGAUUUUUCUGCCUUGAAAUUAGCACAGCCAAACCCCUGGCUUGAAAACUAUUAAUUUCUGCAAAUAGGCAUCCAAGCCAACGCCCAUUACUGCAGAAUAUGCAAUGUCAAAGUCCCCUUUUGACAUGUCUCAUUUCUCUCAAAUCUAAUAGAUGUAAAUCAUCCAUUUUCAUAAAGAGAUCAACAAACCUCUCCAUAUUAGUUUAAUCUGACCUCAUUUAGUCUUAUUCCUGAAAAGAAAAGGCUUUUGGAAAUAUUUUGUUUUUUAUCCUCACUGUUAAAUAUCAGCCUUACUGGUUCUCUGUUGUUUGGCAUGUGCAAGAGUCUUUUCAGAUCAUCAAAUUGUCACACAACUCUUGUAAUUUAAUAGGUUGGAGAAUAAGGUUGCAAAGAGUGUAUACGAUUUUGUUGUGCAGUUGAAAUGAUAAAUGAAAGUGAUUUUUACUGGGUAAUAAUUGAUUUAUUUAACUAUUCAUCUUACAACUGGAAGCCCAAACUAGUACUUGUUUUCAUUCACAAUUUCCCAACAUCAUCGAUCAUAUCUGAUGAUAUUUCUGAGACUAAUGAUUGAAAAGACUUUAUCUUACUCUGAUAAAAUCCAUAAUUAUUCCUCCAUUUCUAACCAGAUGGAGCUACUAUAUCUCUAGCACUAACAUUGACUUUCUUUUCUUUACUCGACAUUGACCUUUUUUAUUUUGGUAAUUGGCCCUGCCGGUUGUGAUUCAUGUCAAAAAAAACUUUUGAAACAAAACAUAAACUUCUGUAAACUUUACAUUUUUGCAAAAUUGGAGGUACGCUGCACUUGCAGUACGGUUGAAGCUCUAAAAAACGCUUACAGGAAGGCAAGUACUUCAAAUGAUCACUGAUAACUUGAGAUAGCAAUGAUACGAUAGAAGUAUACCAUCCAAUUCUUUUGUGCGCUUCGACAGGUUAGUUGCAUCCUUCAAAAAUAACAUUAUCUACAUCGAUCGCCCAGACAAUCACAAGCCAAGACUCGGACAAUCUUUUGCAUUUUUUAAAUAACUUCCUUCCACACAUCACACAAUAAUUUCAAGACUUUACCGCUUCCAUCCAAGUUACAGAAGAAAAAAUAAGAAGAACGAUUGUCUCAAAUACUCGAACCAUCGUUUUUUCCGACGUAUUUUACUGCUUCUUUUCUAACGCGAUUCUCGAGCGGGAAACCGACGCAGGCGCAUAGCAGCGGUCUCUCGUAUCAAACUAAAAUUUACAGAACAUGCGCAACAAAAUGCCCCUCUGCUCCAAGAAGUAGUUUUCAAAAUUGAUCAUCCUCUACUGGAAAAGAUCUAUCCUGGUGUAAUCUCUGUGGAUCACUCAGUCUUUGGAAGAGAGUUGCUUUAUGGUCUUGUGGAUCAUACUCUUGUGUAUAAUACUGAAAACUUUAAUGUGUUGGAUAUCACAGUUUAA